AGGUGAGCAGCUCGCUCACAACUCCGUGCGCUCCGUGCGUCCGAGCGCCCGCCAGGUGCCCCCCGCAGCCCGCCGCCGAGAUGCACAGCCCGCCGGGGCUCCUGGCACUAUGGCUUUGCGCCGCACUGUGCACCUCGGCACGCGCAGGCAGUGACCCCCAGCCUGGCCCGGGGCGUCCCACUUGCCCGGCUCCCUGCCACUGCCAGGAGGAUGGCAUCAUGCUGUCAGCUGACUGCUCCGAGCUCGGGCUCUCAGUGGUGCCAGGGGACCUGGACCCCCUGACGGCUUACCUAGACCUCAGUAUGAACAACCUCACAGAGCUUCAGCCGGGUCUCUUCCACCACCUGCGCUUCCUGGAGGAGCUGAGGCUCUCCGGGAACCAUCUCUCACACAUCCCAAGACAGGCAUUCUCUGGCCUUCACAGCCUCAAAAUUCUGAUGCUGCAGAGCAACCAGCUCCGAGGGAUCCCAGCUGAGGCACUGUGGGAGCUGCCCAGCCUGCAGUCACUGCGCCUGGAUGCCAACCUCAUCUCCCUGGUCCCUGAGAGAAGCUUUGAAGGGCUGUCCUCCCUCCGCCACCUCUGGUUGGAUGACAAUGCACUCACCGAGAUUCCCGUCAGAGCCCUCAACAACCUUCCUGCCCUACAGGCCAUGACCCUGGCUCUCAACAGCAUCCGGCGCAUCCCCGACUAUGCCUUCCAGAACCUCACCAGCCUUGUGGUGCUGCAUCUGCAUAACAACCGCAUCCAGUAUGUGGGGACCCACAGCUUCGAGGGGCUGCACAACCUGGAGACACUAGACCUGAACUAUAAUGAGCUGCAGGAGUUCCCCAUGGCCAUCCGGACCCUGGGCAGGCUGCAGGAACUAGGUUUCCACAACAACAACAUCAAGGCUAUCCCAGAGAAGGCCUUCAUGGGCAACCCUCUCCUGCAGACAAUACAUUUUUAUGACAACCCAAUCCAGUUUGUGGGAAGGUCGGCAUUCCAGUACCUGUCUAAACUGCAUACACUAUCCCUGAAUGGGGCCACUGAUAUCCAGGAGUUCCCAGACCUCAAAGGCACCACGAGCCUGGAGAUCCUGACCCUGACCCGCGCAGGCAUCCGGCUGCUCCCACCGGGAAUGUGCCAACAGCUGCCCAGGCUCCGAAUCCUGGAGCUGUCUCAUAAUCAGAUUGAGGAGCUGCCCAGCUUGCACAGGUGUCAGAAGCUGGAGGAAAUUGGCCUCCAACACAACCGGAUCUUGGAAAUUGGUGCGGAUACCUUCAGCCAGCUGGGCUCCUUGCAAGCUCUAGACCUGAGUUGGAACGCCAUCCGGGCUAUCCACCCCGAGGCCUUCUCAACCCUGCGUUCCUUGGUAAAGCUGGACCUGACUGACAACCAGCUGACCACACUGCCCUUGGCUGGGCUGGGAGGCCUGAUGCACCUGAAACUCAAAGGGAACUUGGCCCUGUCUCAAGCCUUCUCCAAGGACAGUUUCCCAAAACUGAGAAUUCUGGAGGUGCCCUAUGCCUAUCAGUGCUGUGCGUAUGGCAUGUGUGCCAGCUUCUUCAAGACCUCUGGGCAGUGGCAGGCUGAGGACUUGCGCCUGGAGGAAGAAGAGGCACCAAAGAGGCCCCUGGGUCUCCUUGCUGGACAAGCUGAGAACCACUAUGACCUAGACCUGGAUGAACUCCAGAUGGAGAUGGAGGACUCCAAGCCACAUCCCAGUGUCCAGUGCAGCCCUGUUCCAGGCCCCUUCAAGCCCUGCGAGCAUCUCUUUGAGAGCUGGGGCAUCCGCCUUGCUGUGUGGGCCAUCGUGCUGCUCUCCGUACUCUGUAACGGGCUGGUGCUGCUGACAGUCUUUGCGGGCGGGCCCAGCCCCCUGUCCCAGGUCAAGCUCGUGGUGGGUGCAAUCGCAGGCGCCAACACCUUGACCGGCAUUUCCUGCGGCCUCCUGGCCUCGGUGGACGCCUUGACCUUCGGCCAGUUCGCUGAGUACGGAGCUCGCUGGGAGACCGGGCUAGGCUGCCAGGCUACGGGCUUCCUGGCCGUCCUGGGGUCGGAGGCAUCGGUGCUACUGCUCACACUGGCCGCCGUGCAGUGCAGCGUCUCGGUGACCUGUGUCCGGGCCUACGGGAAGGCGCCGUCGCCCGGCAGCGUCCGCGCAGGCGCACUGGGGUGCCUGGCGCUGGCUGGGCUGACAGCCGCGCUGCCCCUGGCCUCGGUGGGGGAGUACGGCGCCUCCCCGCUCUGCCUGCCCUACGCCCCGCCCGAGGGCCGGCCCGCCGCCCUGGGCUUCGCCGUGGCCCUGGUGAUGAUGAACUCGCUCUGUUUCCUGGUGGUGGCCGGCGCCUACAUCAAGCUCUACUGUGACCUGCCGCGGGGUGACUUUGAGGCCGUGUGGGACUGCGCCAUGGUGCGGCACGUGGCCUGGCUCAUCUUUGCAGAUGGUCUCCUCUACUGCCCGGUGGCCUUUCUCAGCUUUGCCUCCAUGCUGGGCCUCUUCCCUGUCACCCCUGAGGCUGUCAAGUCGGUCCUCCUGGUGGUGCUGCCUCUGCCUGCCUGCCUCAACCCACUGCUCUACCUGCUCUUCAACCCUCACUUCCGGGAGGACCUUCGGAGGCUGUGGCCAAGCCCUCAGUCCGCGGGGUCCCUAGCCUAUGCUGCAGCCGGUGAGCUAGAGAAGAGCUCUUGCGAUUCCACCCAAGCUCUGGUGGCUUUCUCUGAUGUAGAUCUUAUUCUGGAAGCUUCUGAGGCUGGACAGCCUCCUGGGCUGCAGACCUAUGGCUUCCCUUCAGUGACCCUCAUCUCCCGUCAUCAGCCAGGGGCCACCAGGCUGGAGGGAAACCGUUUUGUAGAGCCAGAUGGAACUCCGUUUGGGAAUUUACAACCUCCCACCAAUGGAGAACUGUUGCGGAGGGCAGAGGGAGCCACGUUGGCAGGCCAUGGCUCUUCAGCAGGUGGAGCCUUCUGGCCCUCUGGCUCUCUCUUUGCCUCUCACUUGUAAAUAAUCCCUCCCGUUUGUCCUCUUCUCUCCCAAUGAUGGCUGCUUAUAAAAGAAACACAACUACAGCUCCACAGCAGGAUGGCCAACGCCCCUGGCUCCAUUCUCUCU